UAAUAAUAACGCUAAUCCAAUACAUAUAUAAGAGAACCCCAUUGUAUAAGCGAUAACCUGUAUUAUGUAGCGAUUAAGCUAUAUCGAUAUCAACGCUGUGAUAUCGAUGACUUUUAAAAGAGACAACGCUGAUACCUUCUUCCGUUCUAAAAAGCUGGCAGCGACCAGACGUGCAUUUGAGAAAAAACAUUAAUUAUUAAGCCAUCCAUUGUGAAUUAAUAUAAAAGCUGAGAAAACAUUUAUAACUCUUACAAUCUCAGAAGUGGUUCUUACUCGCCAUGAACGAAGUUAACUUUAAUUUGUGUUCCGUAGUGCUUAAAAAGCAGUGGCUACAGAGUCUCGGUCUGCCAACAACGGGCACUAGAGCUGAAAUUAUGGCCCGUCUGCUUGAAAUUCCUCUAGAGCAGCGUGGAAGUCCACCGGAGUCUCAGCAAGCUGAAAACGUUGAGCAGGAGGGAAAUCGUGAUCAGCCCCUAGCUCAACAUGUGGAUGCGGAGCUCCCGCAUGAGGAGGAGACUGAAGCUGUCGAACAACAAAUCAGCGCUCAGCCAGAACAAAUGGAAGCAUUAAGCGAUGAAGCUGCAACAUUGGUACAGUUACGUGAAGAACUCAAUGCUACCAGAAUCAUGCUACAAAAGUUGUGUCUCGAGGUCUCAGAUCGAGCACAGGGCAAUCUUACAGUCGAUUGCCUUGACAGCAUUAAUGACGUCAACAUCCACAGUGGCAACGCUGUAAAAGAUACCAACUGCAGUGGCAACGCUGGAAAUAUCAACGACCACAUUGGCACCGCCAAAUAUAGUAGUGUUGAACAGCGAUACAACCAAAUGAUAAACAAGUUAUUGAUUUCACCAGCAGCAGCUCUGUCGCUAUGGAUUAUAAUGGGGACACUUGUGUUCGCGCUUGGAUUUCUCAGAUGCAAAAUAUUUCGCAAAUACAUAACUUGGAUGUUGUAUGCAUGCGGAUGCUGUUUAUCGCUAAACUAAAGGGUAAAGCACAACAGUGGCUGCACAACAGUGCGACACGUAUUCUCGAGCCGGUCGAUCAGCUGUUUGACCAACUUUACUUGGCAUUUGGAAAUAAAACGUCGAAAGCUGAGGCUAGAAGCAAAUUUCAGAAUCGCAAGUGGCUAGCCGCGAGAAUUUUGGUUCUUAUUUUGAUGAAAAGAUGAGGCUGGCUGAUGACAUCAACAUCGAUAUGGAGGAACUGUUGGAGUGCAUCAAUGUAGGGAUAUCAUCCAAAAGUUUGCGCGAUCAAGCACGUAUCCAGUGUUUUUCGGAUCCAAGGCAAAUCCUUCAGGCGUUUUCAUAAGUGCGGCUACCGGAGUUAAAGAAACAUCCUAUUCCAAAACAAUCGGGCAGAGAGUCUUAUAACGGCGCCAAUAAGGAUGUGCGUUGCGUGAAUUGCAAUUCCAAGGGUCAUCUAGCAGUUGAUUGCCGUAAACCGAAAAAGGGAGCGAGGAUCUUGCUACGCUUGUGGUGCUUUUGGCCAUUUUGUUGCCCAAUGUCCGGAGAGGAAGAGUGCGACUGGCAACCAAUAUCGUGCCUCCUAGAUUCUGGAAGCUCUAUUUCUUUUGUUAAAAAACGUCAUAUAUCAAGUCACCUAACACUGGAGCCAGUAUUGAAAGAAUAUUUCGGUUUAAAUCAAACCCAAUUAAACAUAUUUGGAAAAACUUUAUGUUA